AUGAGAAAAGGCAGGGACUUACAGGUCACAUUUAGCAACGGGGAAUCCCUAAACAAGCGAAAGAAGCGACGAAUGGCAGAAGAAUUUGAGACCCUAGGAGAAGCUGAAAAGCGAACGACAGAAAGAAAAGAGAAAGAGGCGAUGGGAAAAGUAAAGGUAAAAGAUCGGCUAGGAAACUUUAACAGCUUUGCCGACUUCGACAGAGAAAGCCUCAAGAGAGAAGUGAUGGAUCUGGACGAAAACACUGAAGUAAACUGGACACAGCUUGCAAUUAAAUACAACAUCAAAGGCAAAGACGGAAAAUUACCUGGGAAUGCUGGGCAGCUGGUGAAGCUAUGGCUCCAGAGUCAGGGAGUUGACACAGAGAGAUUCAAGGGAAAGCCUACGGGGGACAGAAUCCGCAGAGCAAGGCUACGAAUAGGAACAGAUCCUAAGAUCACUAUGCCGACAUCUCGUACAGAGAACCAGAUAAGAAAGGAGCUGAGGGUGCUUAUAAAGGAGGGAGAAGUUACCAUUGGAGAGUCUAUUGUCCCAAAAGAAUACGUGACGUACAACAUGAACAAAGCGGAGAACAAAAUCGAAACGAAGGUCACUGUGAUUGGCGGACGUAAACGGCCACUAUCAGACCUACGGAAAGAGCUGCUAAAGAAACAAGAGCGUUUCCUAAGAGACAAAGUGGACUAUGACACCAUGACCUUAGACGAAAUAAAGAACCGCCUUGAACACCUGAAUGAAGAAACAGAGGGGGAAACUGAAGAUGAUCUACGGACUCACCUCAAGAGGGUAGAGGCUACGAGACACCUGGCGUACUGGGAGGAUGGGGCGUGCCUAGCCAAUCAUGGCUACAUACUCUACCUAAUAUCCACUUUGUAUGAUCCAGCUAUAUUCCUGACAAAUGCAGAGUAUUUCGAGAAGUACAAAGUUAAGUUGAAUGUACAGAGUGAAGUGGAGAGGCCGGAGCUGUACUUGAUCGCCCGAUGUGGAGCCUCUGAUGCGGAGCAACUGAUGUACGCAGAGACAAGACGUGAUGACUUACCAUCCCUGUCCGGUACAGUCAAGACAACAGACGGACGUGAGUACAUUGAUGAACUGCGGUUCUUCAAAGGAGACCAACAAGCCAGACAAUUCGAAUUCGGCGCACAGCGAUCAGGCCACUAUUCCUGUACUUGUCCUAUUGACAAACGAGCAACACCAGACUUUUGGCAGUCCUGUCAUGUCGAAAAUAGGCUGAGCAACAUCAAGGACAGACAAGACUUCAUAAUGGAAAGCCCUGUGACAUCAAACAAAGCUUCACUAACAGUGCCACAUCCCUUCAAGAUGACAAAGGAGGAGAUGAUAGAUGAGCUGACUUACAGGGGGACUAUUACCUACCAUGAUGCAGAAGAUAUGAACAAGACAAAUCUGAAUGUCCAUCUGAAGCAUACUCUCCAUGGCGUGAAAAGGAUUCCCACACUAUUGUAUGGAUGCCCAAAUGCAAGUGUAGAGGACCUUAAUCUAAGUCACCUAGAGGAACCAGGCAGUGAAGCUAUGCAUGACCUGUGCAAUCAUGCAAAAAACCUGUUUGAAGAAAUUCCACAUAGAGUGCCCACACAUGUAGCUGGCAUUGUCAAAAGGGUCAACAAUCUGGUGCUCAACAGUCAAGAUACAGUAAGAGCGGCUGACAUGAGGUAUGCUGUACUUGUGCUGCUUCAAGAACUAAAGCAGUGUAGGGAAACAAGUGGUGAAUUGGUGAAACUCAUCAACACACUUGCUGACAUGCAAAAGCUAUGCUACGCUGCUGCAGAGGAUAGAUCUAUCAUAAGUGUCUUCCGACUGAACAAUGUGAGUUUUCUACACCAUCUUCUGAUCAAAGAGUGCCUGCCUGGAGAACCAUCCUCAAUGUCUAGCCGAAAGCUGUGGGGGCAAUAUCUGCAUUCUCUAAGGGACCACAUGCCAGUCAACUACAGGGUGGUACCCAUCAGUUCUAUUAUGGCUGAAAAUGAAGAGCGCCAGUUUAGCUUGCUGAAACACAUCACAAAGUCGUCCGCCAGUUACUCUAGACCAGGGCACGUUAUCAGCAACAUCUUAGUGCGGACGCACUAUAGCUACCAAGACAGGGCAUCGACCGACAAACACCAGCAAAAUAAAAUCUCAAAAGCUGGAGAAGCAAUCGCAAUGGAGCGAACAACGAUCCCGUUGGAGGUACUAAAAAAGUACCCAAGAGAUGCACAGACCUUCUGUGAAAGAAUCGCAGAUUUCUUGCUUCCAGGGUAUGGUGCAUACUGGCACAUUGAAGGAGAUGAUGUGGUCUUUCAUGAUGGCCCAAAUGAUAAGCCUCACAGUGAUGGCCCAAAGCUCCACCACUUCCGGACAACAUCACUGAAAGAUGAAUACAAGUACCUCCAGCAGAAAUGGAAAGAGUGCCUUGAACGACGAGUCAGAAUGCCAGCAUGUAAGCUGUGGGUGUAUGAGGGACAGACACUAAUCAAGAAAGUCACCACAACCUUCCUCGACCCAGAUCACGACUUUGGCCCAGAUGAAGAGAUGACAUUCAUCGAAGAUGUGUGUGAGGCGGAGGAUCACAUUGAAAUGGGGGAGAAAAGUGACACUGAUAGCGAAUCAGAAGAGGAUGAAGAAGUGAUCAGAGUAGAGAGGAUAGACCCAGAGCCGGACCUGGAGAUGCAAGAAGCUGCCAGCCAGGAUCCUGAAAGAAUGGGAAUGGCAAGAAGCUGCACUGGCAGAGUGAAGGAGGGCACAACACCAUCAGAAACACCUUCUCUCCCUGACGAGAACAACAGCAGCUGCACUGGCAGAGUGAAGAAGGGGACAACACCAUCAGAAACACCUUCUCUCCCUGACGAGAACAACAGCAGGGAUGCACCCAAAUGGAAGACGAAGCUGGGAAGUGCGUUGGCAGUUGUCCUGGACGAUGAUCCAAACUGUUCAUCGCAUCGACCGCUUGAAGGCAAAGCUGAAGAUCAGCCCAACUAA